CCAGGUCGAAGCAGCAGCGAAAUGCUGAUUGGAGAGGUCGACGUAGCAAUGCGCAAUGACAUUGAUGGUAAUCCAAGCCACGAAGCCUACACCAAUCCACCAUUCACCAAGAGCUGCAUCGUAAACAAUAAAACCUUCGCGCAUAGCGAAAUGAUCCCAUCGGACGACCGUGGUUCGCAUUGCUUAUGUGUAGCAGGUGAGGUAUACUGCUGGUGGCAAACUUACGCCGGCUCACUCAGUACGAGCGUUUUCGGACUCAAGAUCUCGAAAAGUUCCACUGCAGAGCCACCCACGACAUUGGCAAAGACUUACUCGACUUUGGUUAAAGAAUUAAGUGAGAAUUCCGAAGCGUCGGAGAAGUGGGUGUACGAAGCCUCGGGCGAAAUGCAAGACGAAGAGGAGUCCUUAAAGGGCAAGGACAUUUUCAAAGGUUCCCUCAUGGCCAUCAGCACAAAUUCAACAGCCAUAACAAUACCAAUGACGCCUGCGUAUUCAACUCGGAUGCCAGUUACAUGCCUUGUUAUGGGACGGACUUAUCAUCAAGGUGAAGUACUUCCGCACUCAACGGGAAACUGCGUCGAGUGUAGUUGCGGUGAUGAAGGGCGUAUCGAGUGCUCGCCAAGGGAUUGCGUGGGUCUAAGGCUUCAAAAUACCGGUGACGACGACUUUGAACUUUUCGACGUCGACCAUGACCGGGGCAACGAGGGGAGCUUUUGAAGGAGCACUGAAAUUUUAAUAGAUAACGACACUGGACGAAAUCAUAUUGAACUUGGUCGGAUCGUUUCAUCCGCGUAGUAAUUUUUCUUUU